UUUAAAAAAUACUAUCAAGGUUUCUCUAACUUUCAGUAGAGUGAUCUCGAUCGAUUUGAAGGCGUCGGUGUUAAGAACCUUCUAAGUUUCAUAACCUUCCUAGUUGACAGCCUCUUGAUGUUGUCUAUAGAUAUUCCUUGGGUUAUCAGUUCUGGUAAUGGAAUAUUUAAAUUUAUUCCAGUUGGUUAGUGGAAUGAUUGAAGAUAACAAGUCUCUAUAGUCUUUUAGUUGAAGACUAUAGAGCAUCAAGGCUGUACCAAAUUGCAGAAAUUACUAUAUUUACUAUUUUGAAAACAACCUGCCAAAAUGUCCAGCAAAAGAAAGAACCCUCGUUUGAAGAUUUCAGUUCCUGAUGAAGCACCAGCAGUUGCUCCACCUCGUAAUUUAGAUAAAAGAACCACUAUUACUAUUGGUGAUAAAACUUUUGUUGUUGAAGCUGAUGAUUUAGAACUAAUUAGUAAUUUGGGACGAGGUGCAUAUGGAGUAGUUGAUAGAAUGAGGCAUAUUCCAUCAGAGACUGUAAUGGCAGUUAAGAGAAUUACAUUAACAGUUAAUACUAUUGAACAGAAGCGAGCUCUAACUGAUCUGGAUAUUAUUAUGCGUUCUUCAGAUUGUAAUCACACUGUUCAAUUUUAUGGUGCUUUAUUUCGUGAAGGAGAUGUUUGGAUUUGUAUGGAAGUAAUGGAUACAUCUCUUGAUAAAUUUUAUCUUAAAGCUAAAAAACACAAUCUUUCAAUCCCCGAAGCAAUUCUUGGGAACAUAGCACUAGCAGUUGUUAGUGCUCUUCAUUACUUGUAUAGUCGUCUUCAUGUUAUACAUAGAGAUGUAAAGCCCUCUAACAUACUUAUUAACAGAAAGGGAGAAGUAAAAAUGUGUGAUUUUGGGAUUUCUGGUUAUCUUGUAGAUUCAGUAGCCAAAACAAUUGAAGCUGGAUGUAAACCUUACAUGGCUCCCGAAAGGAUUGAUCCAAAUGGGAAUCCUUCACAGUAUGAUAUACGCUCAGAUGUUUGGUCGCUCGGUAUUUCAUUAGUGGAACUUGCCACUAGUGAAUUUCCAUAUGCUCGCUGGUCUAAUCCUUUUGAACAACUCAAACAAGUUGUCAAAGAUGCGCCACCGAGAUUGCCAUCAGGCUCUUCUUUUUCACCAGAAUUUCAAGAUUUCAUUGCUUCCUGCCUUCAAAAGGACUUCACAUUGAGGCCUUACUAUAGUCAACUUCUGGAGCAUGAGUUUUGUACUCGGCAUCUUAACUCUCCAACAGACAUUACAACGUUCGUUGAAGAAGUACUUGACUUACCUGAUCCAUAACUGUUUCACAGUUACCAAAUUAAUAUUGGUUUAAUUAACCUCAUGUGACAGUCUGUAUGUAGACUGUUAGAUUCAUUAAGUUAGUUUAGGGUAAAAAACAUCACGUUAGUAUGUAUAAGAUAUUUAAAGUGUGCAAUACGUUAGUGGUAAUAACCUAAAACCUAAUAUUAGCACACUGGUACAAAUUUUAUAUAUAUAACUACUUGACAAUAACCUUGAACAUUAUAGUUUACCUAUUUUGUAUUUAAUAAACCAAGGAAAUAAAUAUAGGUUGUUAACAUUUAAUUGUUACACAAAAAUUAUAUAUUUAUUCAAGUACUUUAAAAAAGAAAUUACAAUAUCAUGACAAUUCCAAAAUAUGUUUGUAAUUUGUAUUUAAACAUCUUAAAAAACGAUAUGUGUGUGAAUAAGUAUUUAUUUUUUAACUUUCUAAUAUCAAGGUUAUUAUUAGUAAUUAGAAGCAUAUUAGCGAUUCACUUAAUUUAAAAAUCUUAGAAUAAUAAAGCAAAUGAGCUUAGUUUUGUAAAACUUACCAUUUGAUUAACCAUGGAAAAUCUAAAAUAGAUCUAUGGCCAUUAAUAAUAGACUGUGAGAUUUAUUUUCUUAAUUUGUUUUUUAUUAUAACUCAUACUAAAAUUAGAUUGCAUUGCAAGAAUUAUUAUGGUGGUGUAGGUAUACAAUACAAGAAAUUAACCUUUACCAGCCGAUUUUGAUCGGUUUGGCUCUUUUUCCUGCAUGAAAAAAAAAAAAAAAAUCUAUACUAAGCCUCAUUUCCACGGUUACAGUUACCUAGAUAGCAGCAACUGUUGCAUCCAUUGCCAUGUUGCAAACUUAAUGACAUUUGCUGUUUUGGCUGUACUAUUGCACUUCCAAGUAUGUGAUAGCUGACAGUAUCUUCUGGAGGUGAAUAGCUAUUGCCACAUUAACUGCCACGUGUUGACACCUAUCAAUGAACUGUUGCGCCUUAUCUUACCUAAUCAACUUUAAUAGUGAUUGUGCAGGGAAUCAUUGUUCUCGUGUAUUGUGUUUCAAUUAUUUCGUAACUUGAAACUGAUUCUAACAUUUUAUUUUAUUCCUGGAGAAGGAAUAAAAAGUAUGUAAUUUACUUUGCUAAGGCCUAGUUUUUUAGCACUUAUUAUAAAUUUCUUUAAUUUUUUGGUGUUUAGAUUACUUUUAUUAAUUUAGUUUACUUUAAAUUUUCUAUUGAAAUUAAGUUUCUUGAUUUUUGAAAAAAAUAUAAAUGAGUUGCCAUUGUUAAAAUAAUCAUGGCAUCAGCUGUUCGUUCAGUUGUGUAAUGCUCAAAUAGCUGUUCUAUAUUACAAAUUGUUUUCAAAUCUCAGCAUGUAAUGUAGACAAUGACACUACGAUUAUGUCCUUGUAGUGACAUUUCUACCAAAACACAAAACUGUCUCCGUGUAAACGAGGCUUUAAUGAGUCAGAUGGUUAAUAAUUUAUUACAAAUCAAUCAGGUCAUUUUACAUAUAUUAUUGUGUAAUAUAAAGUCACUAAAAUGUAAUAAAAUAUUUGUUUGUUUCAUUUGAAAUUUGUUACUUUAGCAAUAUGCUACAAAGAUAUGUUUGCUAUCUUUCAUGACUAAUCAGGUACUUAUACAUUAUCUUAUAAACCUUAUGCUAGAAUGUUAUGACCUUUUUUUUAAAGUUCUUUUAUUUUAAAAAUGAAAUACACUAGAGUUCUACUAAUAGAGGCUGGAUAGGAUCAGGCCCCAUUCAGGUUACCAUAAGUCUGGAUGAAAUAGAAGUAGCUAUAAAUUUCAUUUCAUAAAUAUUAUAGCAAUUUGUUUUCAUACUUUUUUUUACAAGCAUUAUAUGUUAAUCUAAAUCUUCCACCUGAGAUUGUGUUAAAAAAAAGUAUCUUUGUCACAAAGCAUUUUUGUGAUUAAAACUCAAAAUUAUUUAUUUUAAAAUGCCACUGGAUAAACCAUGGAACAUUGAUGAAAUUAAGAAUUUCAUAAAAUAAAUAAAAGUUUCUGCAAAACAUAUGAAUACUUAGUCUUUGCAGAAUUCACCAGAACAAAUAACUAUUUCAACGUAACAGAGCUAAAACAGAUUAACUGGAUGUCCGGAAAAUUAGAGUCUGAAUUAGCGGAACUCUUAUUGUAUAUGACAACUAUUACAAUAAAAUCCUUGGCCAAAUUUCCAUAAUGACAUUCCUAAUCUUUAAGUUCCAUUGAAGGUAGAUUCUAUAUUUUAAUAAUUUUUAGCCUAGAAACUCAAGGAACAACAAAGAAGCAGGACUUAUAGAGAAAGGUUGUAGCAUGAUGGUCUGUGGGAUUAUCAGUUUAGUAAUUAUUAUGUAUUAGUUUCAACUGACAAUUGUUAAUGGUUAACUGAUUUUGUAUGCAAUUAAUAUAAAGUGCCCAGCAGCUUCUUACGUGCUGAAUGAAAAUGCCAGUGAAUCUAUGACCGUUGAAUUUAUUUGUAUGCCAGUUAAUUGCUAACUGACUCAAAUGGUAUACGAAAGUGGUAUACAUAGUAUGUUCAUAAAUGUAUACCAUAAAUUGAAAUUGUUAGCUGUCGGCUACGCUGUAUAAACCUCAGUAAUAUUAUUGCCUAUUAACUUUUUAAUUAUUAAUAUUGUUUUUAUUGAUUGCUCUUUAAUAAGAUCAAUAUUAGAUUGAUACUAUUUUUGAUAAUUUAAAAGCUCACUUGCUCUCAUUUAAAUGUAUGGAUCAUUGAUUUAUUAAAAAAUCAAUCAAAUUAGCAAGUGGUAAUAGUUUUUUUUUAUUACAUUUUUAAUACAAUUAUGAUUCAAUGAGUUAUUUUCAAAAUAAAUGCAAUUUUAAAUAAUUCAUUAAAGAUUAUAACAUAAAUAAAUAAAUAUAACAUAAAAUAUUUUUAUGUUAUUAAGAACUCGUUGUGUUAACAUUGCAUUACUACAUUUUAAUUAGAUUGCUCAAGUAUUUUCUCUGUACUUGCUUUAACGCCACUGUCAUUUUAGGUUUAUUAGUUCAUACCAGAGAUGGGAAAAAUUGGAAUCAAUGAUUACAUGAUUACAACUGAAAAUAAAACCUAACAACUACUCCAAUUUUUUUACUUGAAACAAUAGUACUACCAUUAUAGCAAAAAUGUGACACAAUUACCUGAUUACAUUAGCAAUCGAAAACCUGAUUACGAUAGUAAUCGUUAUUCACAUAAUCAAAAUUACUGUAAUCAUUGAUUAUGAUUAUGCCCCUCUAUGGUUCACACCUAUAGAGAACAAUGCUUAAUUUUAUAAGUUCUGUAUCAUUCUUUGUUAUAUUACUGAAAAAUAAGUAUAUGUAUCCUGAGUAUUACUUAUGGGUAUGGGUCUUGUUUUCUUAACAUAACACUUAAUAAAUUGAUUUAGUCCUUAUAAAUUGGGAUUUAACAUUUUAGAAAUGUCUUACGAGGUAAGGCAUGAUGAAAGUAUGCCUACUGAGUGAAACACCAUUCACUAGAAAACUUAAUCGAAUGAAUGUUCAAAACACUACAUAUAAGUAGUUAUUAGGUUAAUACUUUUGACACUGAAUUAUAAUAAUAACCAUGUUAUGCUGGUUUUUAAUAUUUUAUUUCUAUACAGUUAAACUUGGUCUUGAAAAUAGAUGUGCUAUAUAAUACAUUUUAAGUUUUAAUAAACUGACACCUGUAACAUUCAUUUUUAUGGAAUAUUUUGAAUUAAUCUAUCUUAAUAAUCCUCCUGACUACAUAUUAUAUAUUAUGUAAAAUUAAAAUCGCCACCAAAGUAAGGUGAAAAUAGUAGAGAUAAACAGAAACCUUACGGACUGGAAAGUUGCAUAUAUUUUGAAAAUGGCCACAAUACUUUUGAAAUGAUCAGCUUUUAUUGGAAUUUUAUUUAAUAAUGUGAUCAUUUCUUAAGUUAAUAUAAGAAUUUAAGUAAAACACUAUAAGCUUUUAGUAACAUUUUUUGUUAGGCUGUGAAACAUUACAGCUAUAUUUUUUUUGUAGUAUUGAUUUUUUUUUUAAUGUGGCAAAAAGGAAUUCAAAUAAAUAACACCUAAAACUAUGUCAUUAAUUUUAUUUUUAGAUGAUAAUACCUGUAGUCUCAGUGAAUAAGUGUUUAAAUAAAUAUUCCAACUUUUUGGAUAAUUUUUUAAGUUUGUUUUGCUUUAACAAGAAAUAAUUAUUUAAAUUUUUAUUUUAGGUAUCCUCACAGUUUUCCAUUUUUCACUUUGGUAUUCCAUAUUUAUUUUUCAUCUAGAUUCCUUCCAUAUUAUAUGAUUAAUUUUGUAUGUGUAAAAAUGCAGAAAAAAAAACUAAACAUAUUUUUACAGUCAGAAAUAUUGUUCAAAAACUGUUCUUUGCACUUAUUGGUUCAAAUUAUCUUAAGUAAAAUUAUGAUAUAUUCACUGUAGCAAGAAAUUUGUAAACUCAGAUACUAACAUUAGUACUUUUAUGUUACUAUUUCUAUAUACAGAUGAGUCGUGUUAGUCUGGACUACUUGGGACCAGAUUCCCAAUGAAACUUCUGACUAAAUGUAAUUUCCUGUAAAAUGCACAUUAUAAAAUAUUUUGGUGAUUUAUUUUUUUUCCUCAUUAAUAAACCUUUCUUCACCUUAAGUUAUAUAUCAUAUAAAUAGAUCUAAGUUUUCA